AUGGAUGGGCCGUUCUAUACGGCUGGGGCCAAGGCAUUCUUCCUCGAGCUUCUUCAGAGGGACUUGGAUGCUGGCACCUACGACUGGACGGUCUUGCUCGAUCGAACCAUAAACACUCUGGCAGAUGCGGAGAGCGCAGCGGAUGAGGUCAAAGUGCGAGAUUCGCGCAUCAACAUGAUGGUUCUUCCGGAGUACAUUGGGAUGUGGAUGAUGUGCCAGUAUUACUUGCGCGACAUGCUGCCGCCGGACUGCUGGGCUUGCACCGAAACAUUGCCAGAGACGGUUGCCAGUCUUUUCUACCUGGACUACGUUUGGUUCAUCGCUGCCUUCGGCAACUGGGUCAACGACCUCUUCAACAUCAUGGCUGGUGCCCCUGAGUGCCCCUGCACGGCUGAGCAGCUAGCCCGCGUUUCCGGUGGUCUCAUGAUCAGCGGAACAAGGCUUGCAGACAUCUCCAACUAUUACAACACUGCCUGCCAGCAGUUUGCGAAUGGAGUCGGCGCAUGCGACUAUGUGUGGACUGGUUACUUCUAUGAUGGCCUGUGGCACUUGACUUCCCUACUCCACACCUACCUGAUUGAGCAGAACCAUUCGCUCUCCGAGCUUGGCACGACGACAUCUCGUUCAGACUUGUACGAAAUGUCCUUGGGGAAGGAUUACAUGGGUUUGACUGGACGCGUCCGACAGUUCAACAGCAUUGAGCCGACGACCAUCCCGCCUUCUUUCGGCGAUCGCGAUGGCGUGCAGCUCAUCCGGCAGAUUACCGGCGGACCAGGCAACGAGUUUACUGACCUGGCACAGCGGUCCAGCGCUGGAAUCUUGUGGCAGGCAGAUUUGGUUUGGAGCCCCUACGACACCCGGCUGGUGCCAUGCAGCACAGGCACUUGCGCCUUGGGCGCUGCUUGGGUUCCAUCGGACCGCAUUGCUCAGUGCGCCGCAGGGACCGUCUUCUCGGUGCAGCUUGGGUGCAUCGCAUGUGAGGCGGGCAGGUACGCAUCAGCGGGGAUGCUUCAGUGUGAGCCGUGUGGUGUGGGCACGUUCACCAAUGUCACGGGCAUGGCAGCAUGCCAGCCCUGUGCACCGGGGAGCUACAACAACGUGCUUGGGGCAGAUGGAUGUGACGAGUGCAGUCAGGGAUUCUUUGCAAACGAGUCUGAAUCUACGGGAUGCACGCAAUGCCCGAUUGGCCGCUAUGCGGCACAAAGAGGAUUGGCAACUUGUUCCGACUGCCCGCCUGGGCUGACGACAUUUUCUAGAGGUGCCCUCGAUUCCGAUGCUUGCCUGUGCCAGGGUGAGCUUUACCAGGGACAGUGUGUCGUCUGCACUGGCAACACCCGCUACGAAGCGGGUGCGUGCAUUCCGUGCUCCGAGGGCUUGACAUGCAACGGAGCUAGCACUGCUGUGGUGCAGCCGGGCUUCUUCACAGAUACUGCUGCGCCCUUCGACGUCUACAGAUGCCUUCCUAUUGAGUCCUGUCCUGGCGGCUUGCCUGGGACAUGUGCCGGGGGGCGUGUAGGUGUCCCUUGCACCCAGUGCCCGGCUGGCCAAGCAUGGAAUACAGAUGUUUGUGCAGAUUGCACUCCAUUCAGCCUCGGUGGUUGGCUCCUUGCCGGCAUCGUCGCCGUGGUCACCAUUCCGGCACUCUACUACAUGAUGAACAUGAAGCAAACUGCCAAAGCCACCACGAUGCUGGCCACUUCGUGUGCGCUGGCCAUGACUAUCAGCAUGCUUCAGAACGUGGGCAUCGUCGGCUACAUAUCGUUCUCCUGGCCAGCCGAGCUUCAAUGGAUGUUUGAUCUCAUGAGCCUUUUCACCUUAGACCUCCAGGCGGUGGGCUUCGAUUGUGUCUCCAGUUCGCCGGUGACUGGCUACCACAUGACGGCCGCCAUGCUGCCCUGCGCUCUUCUCUGGCUCAUCGUCUGCAGCUUCCUCAGCAAGCUCCUACCGGCCCGGUGGCAGUUUGACAGCGGCAAGUUGAUCAGCACCCUGGGGCAGUUCAUGCAGGUCAGCUUCACGAUCUACAGUAAGAUCGCACUCUCCCCGAUGAUGUGCUACUCGCACCCCAACGGCAAGAGUGGCAUGCUGGAGCACAAUGGCAUCUUCUGCUUCGAGAGCGCUGAACACACGCCGAUGUUCAUCGCAGGCGUCUGUGUCCUUUGCGGAAUGAUCGCCUUCUAUGUCCUGGCAAUUUAUGCCACAGUAAUUGCCCCGAAGAGAGCUGCGGCUGGAGACGCCUGGUUUCUUGCCGCGACGCGUUUCCUGCUCUUCCGCUUCCGCACCGAUUGCUGGUGGUACGGUACCUUCAUGAUGCCUCGUGGUUUGUUGCUUUCGCUUGCCAUCGUGGCCGCCGGUGACAGCCCCUACGUGCAGAUGUUGAUUAUCGUCUCCGUGAUGCUUAUCUACAUGGUCGUGCAGCUGCUAGCCUGA